CCAAGAUGGGCAGAAACCAGACGGGCAAAAAGACCAAGAAGUCUCGCAACUGGGCGAAGUCAGAUAUCCUGGCGGGCGUCCUGCAGUACAAGUCUCCUCCUCCUCAGGACGGCUCCGACACAACUCCGCAGAGCUCGCCAACCUGUGGUCUGAUGAAUAGCAACAAUUCAUGCUACAUGAACGCCGGUCUGCAGCUUAUGGCCUCAGACCCGGUCUUGUGUAGAAUAAUAGAGAAGACCGUGCCUGCAGACCUCCUACACCAAGCACCUGCAACAUACGCGUUUCGGCAGUUCCUGAAGAAGAGGCGCGGUGGCCUCAAGACGGGCGUGGCAGCGCCGGUGGCCGCCGAUGCCGUGGCCGACGUGCUGUUCAUGUCGGGGGCCUUCGAGUCGGGGCGGCAGUCCGACUGCAUGGAGUUUCUGCUGUUCCUGCUCAACGCGCUCAGCAGGGAGGUGAGUCGGAGGGGCGGCAUGAGCAGCAAUUGGUGAUGAGGGAAAUGAUGUUAUUUGCUGCUGAACUUUGUUUCGGUAAAUAGAAAAGACGUUUUUUAUUGUUUUUUUUAUCUGGUGACUGUGAACCCCUUCUGUCACAUACUAUUUAUAUCUAUCCUCACCUUUAAUAUA